AUGGCCUCUUUCAAGGAAACCUCCGUCUCCCGCCCCGUCCCGCAGAUGGGAUCUCUGACUCAGUCCCGCGCUCACUCCCACUCCAUAUCGCUGGGUGCCAUCAAUGCCAACCACCGUGUGACUCGCCGAAAAAGCAUGAGCCGCAGGGGAACAGAGUCAACCUCGAUCGGCGCUACAUCCGGCUUCAGUUCGUACCUCUCCCGCGGAAUCCAUGCUGCCAGUCCCGACAGCUCCGUCGGACGCAAGCACUCCCCCAGCUCCAUCGAUGAGAACGUCGCCGUCGACGGGUCUGGUCCCGCCAGCAAGCCUGUCAAUACGAAGAACCGGAAUCGCCGAGCCAGUGAGGGAUCUCCUCUAGUUCGCGGAGAGGGCAAGCGCGUGUCCACAGAACUGCGUUGUGAUCAAUGUGGCAAGGGGUAUAAACACAGCAGCUGUCUGACCAAGCAUAUGUGGGAACACAAUCCGGCGUGGGCAGUCACGUCGAAGCUUUUGAUUUCAAAACACCAGCAGGUGCAGCUGCUCGAGGCUGCCACUGUGUUGGUCGCUAUGAAUCAUGAAACCGCCGACACUACAGCAGAAGUCACCGCUGCAGCGGCAGCGGCCGCUGAGGCAGAGGGAGAGGAUGAUGCUGAAAUCAAUGAAAUCGAAUCGGAUAACUCAUCCGCCUCUCCUGGUGCAUCCUCUGAUAUCCACGACGGCAUUAGCUCUGCAGAGACGACCCCGCCACCAAUGGAUGAUGACGAGGACAUCGAGUUGGACACCAAAUCGUACCGCAACAGCAACUUCAACUACAUCUUUUCGCGGUCCUACCAGUCUGUUGCAUCUAGCUCAUAUGCAGACAACGGGUCUUUGCACUCCCCCGCCUUUUCCCAUUUCCGCCAUUCCAGCAUCGACACCCGUCCGUCGACCGCGGAAACGACCGGCGGUGGUUUCCAUGAGGACGACAGUGAGGCGAGUGACCUUGCUGCAGCCAUUCGACUGUGCAACUUUGGUACGCCUCGCUCGAAUGCUGUGGCAACCUCUUCGGACGUGCCGCCAGUUCCUCCGCUACCAGCUCGCUACUUGGGCCAGCAGACCGGACUUACCGUUGCUGGAAGUGUACACGACAACAACGGCAGCUUUGGCAUCGCCGGAUCAACCCCGGCGGUAUUUGGAUCUUUCUCCUUGGAUCCCUCGCAAUCCUACAAAGUCUCGGAUGAGCGAGACGUGAAGAUGGGUGACGCAGAUCGCGAGUCGAGACAUCGCCGCAACAACGACGUCGACUUUGGCAGCCGCCAAACACACGAUGACGACGAUGACGGCGUUUUUGGGCGAAUGGAAGAAUGA